GCAACUUCCCCUUUCCCUCUCAGUCCUGAAGAGGGACUUGUCCCGAAACGUCGUCUGUUUACACGUUUCCAUAGAUGCUGCCUGACCUGCUGAGUUCCCCCAGCUUUUUGUGAGCGUUUUGAGAAGCGUGCUAAAGAAGCGCUUGCUUUUCAAACGUAACAGUUUUGCUGGUAGUUGGUACAUGACGUUAUUUCCUCGAAAAGCCUUCUGAAAGACAAAUGUAAAAAUAAAGGUACUUCGAAUUGAACGACUUCAAUCCAACGACACGGGAUGUGUUCAAUCGUGGAAUUUAAGGGCCUGAAGUCCGAUUAUGACUGUGGAUACUGUGGCCUAGUCGACGGAAAGGCAUCUGUGGGUAUGUGGGCUCAUACUAUGACUGUUCAAGACUAUCAAGAUCUAAUUGACCGAGGUUGGAGGAGGAGCGGUAUGUACGUUUAUAAGCCUGUUCUGAAUCGAACAUGUUGCCCUCAGUACACGAUAAGAUGUCGUAUUUUGGAUUUCAAACUUUCAAAAUCUGCAAAGAAGGUAUUAAAGAAAAUGACACGAUUCCUUUCCAAAGGAGAAGGAGAAAAAGGAAGUGGUACUGAACCCAUGGAUUCCUGCAAUGAUGAUAUUGGAAUUGGCCAUCCAACAUGUACCUCAGAAGUUAAUAUAGAUCUGGAGAAACCUUUGGAGAUUGUGAGCCUUGAAGAAGUACCAAAGUCAACUCAAGUGCUUCAGAAUUCUCCAACAGUCAGUGCUGAUGAUGAGAAGAACCCAGGCCAGAAACGUUCAUCUUCGGUGGCAAAUGAUUUUUCUGAAUCAUUUAAAAGUGUUCCUAAGCCAGGCACAGGAGCUGAUCCAACUAAACCGCCAUGCCGCAAAGCAAAAGAUAUUCGGAGAGAGAGAAAAUUUAAAAAGCUGCUUCAGAAACAGCAAUGUAUGGAAAUGGCUGAUGUCUCCCAACACCAAGAAGCUUCUUGUGAAAACUCUAAUCUCCUCUUACAACACCAUGUCCCAAAAGCAAAUCAACCAAAGUCAUUGGAAGAAUUUAUUUCUGAAUCUUUAUCUCCAGAUGCAGUCCAUAAGUUAGAGGUGAAACUAGUGCCAGUUUCCUUCGAUGAUCCAGCUUUCACUGAAUCCUUUAACCAGUCAGCAACUCUGUAUUCCAAAUAUCAGAUGGCUGUGCACCAUGAUUCACCUGAUGAAUGUAGUGUGUCAGAGUAUACACGAUUCCUUUGUCAGUCUCCACUCCAGGCAGAGAAUCCACCUGAGGGUCCUGAAUCGGGUUAUGGAUCAUUUCACCAACAGUACUGGUUGGAUGGAAAGAUUAUUGCUGUGGGAGUAAUUGAUAUUCUUCCUCAUUGUGUCUCCUCGGUGUACUUUUAUUAUGAUCCAGAUUAUGCAUUCCUGUCUUUGGGUAUUUAUUCUGCAGUCAGGGAAGUUGCUUUUACAACUGAGCUACAGAAGACAGUUCCCGCUCUGUGUUAUUAUUACAUGGGCUUCUACAUCCAUUCGUGUCCUAAAAUGAAGUACAAGGGUCAGUACCAUCCAUCUGAUUUGUUGUGUCCAGAGACGUAUAGCUGGGAACCCAUUGAGAUGUGUCGGGCAAAGUUAGACCAGUCUAAAUAUAGCCGGCUAAAUGAAGAUUCAAAUGCAGAAGAUGAAAACAGUCUCCAAAACCUGAAUAAAGUUCGGAUUCUUUACAAAAAUACAGUAAUGCCUUAUAACAUCUAUCGGAAACGGCAGAAGAGGAUUAAUGAUGAAGCUGUAGUACAACAAUAUGCAAGCCUGGUUGGGCAGGCCUGUGCAGAACGGAUGGUACUUUAUAGAAGCUAAAUACAGUAUUUUUAAAUGUUAAAGAUGUACAAUUAAAAUAACAUGGUAUAUUGAGAUAAUGCUGUGUAAUAGUAUAAGAAUGCAUAAUGUAUUAAAUACAUUUUGCACAUGUAAAUGUCUUAUACAAACAUUUGCUAUAGUAUAUUCAUAUAUUCUCAAAUUUUUCCAGACUUAUAUCAGAUUUGAAUUUUCUUUGAGUAGAAUCAUAUCAUUAACAUCAAUUCUUUCCAAAUUUCUUUUCACUUUCUUCCAUUCUUAUUUUGUCACCUGAACAAUAGCCUUAAGAAUUGCUCAUGAUGGCACUUGUCCUUUGGAUAUAAGGUUGCUUUCACAGAAGCACGUUUUCUUUGCUUAUAGUGCAAUCUUUAAAUUAAUGAUUCAGAAAAUUGCAGUUUUGAACAGAGUAGAAAAUUUUGUGAUAGUCAGAGGUGGGUCCUUUUAAGUGUUGUGGUUUGUGCUAAAAAGUUUGCAGCCAACUUUCAUGAUUAAAUUUUUUAUUAUUCUGUAGAUUGGAAGUUUUAUACAAUAUAAUGCCUCUGGCAGUUCAAAGCAAAACAGAAAAUAACAGAUUGGCUUUUAUUAUCUUAGCUCAAAUUGAAAAAGUGAUAUAUUAAAGAUUAUAUAUUGUGGCAAGAGGGAGCAGCCUUUGCAAAGGAUGUACUUAAUUUCUUCUACUGUAAACUAUUUUGAGAAAUUAACGUUCAGGUAAAAAAAUUCCUAUAGAGUGAUUAAUAAGUAAAGUUGUUGAAAACUGAGGAGUUAGAAGGAGAACACAGACCUAUCUACAGAGCAAACAAUGGGGAAGUAAAGCAAUUAUUAUCAUAUGCAUCGUUAAUAUUGUUAUAGAAAUAUGUAUUUACGUGAUAAUUCAAAAUAAAUGCAAGUGCUUCUCUGGGGUGUAUUUAUUUUUGGGUUUUUUUUUGUUUUUAUAUAUAAAGUUUUGGGUUGGGUUGGGCUUUCAUUUUAGAAAUACUAUAUAAGCAAAUUUUCAAUUUUUUAAAACACUGUCAUUUUUGUAUCUUAAUUCAAAAAUGUAUUGAUAGAAUGCCCCAAUGGUAUAGUAAGCUCAUUUCACCUGUCUAUAUCAUAGGCAACCAGCUACAUAUCAAAGUACUCUCAAGUUCAAUUUCAAAGUACAUAUAUCAUCAAAGUUUGUAUAAAUUAUGCAGCCUUGAGAUUCAUCAGCUCACAGGCAGCCACAAAACAAAAAACCUGGAAGAACCUAAUUUUUAUAAAAAAGACCAACACCCAAUGCAUAGAGAGAGGGGAAAAACACAAAUCAUGCAAAGAGUAAGAGAAGCAACUACAUUCAUAACCAAAGUGAGUCCAAAGCGUCAGCCUCAGUCCGUCACACAGUGGGGCAAAUCGUAGCGAAGCACACAGGCACAAAACCCAGAGCAGGACACAGCCUCAGCCUCCGUGUUGAGAGUGGAGCAGCAAGCAGACCAGUCAAUCUGGCCAGGUGUUUAAAUUGUCCAAACACUGGGUCAUGCCCUGCACUAGGACCUGAGCCCCACUGCAUCAAUACGCUCUGGGCCUGGACUCUGCCACAUUCUCAUCCAAACCCAACCUUUCCAAAUCGGCCCAGCACUAAGAUCAAUCCAAACUUGCUCCAUUUUAAACCAAAUGAAUCUAAGAGUUGUAUAAGGUGACAUGUAUGUUCUUUGAUGAUAAAAUUUACUUCAAACUUUGAGCCAUAAAUCAUGUUGAAAAGUGAAGGUGAUAAUUUUAGAAAAGGUAUGUUGUUUGAACAAACACAUCACUAUCCUCAAAGCCAUUCAUGAAAAAAUGUUUGAAAUGGUGCAUGUGUUAUUAUGAGAACAUCUCCAGCUAUAUUGUUUUGUGUUUAGAUUGAGCAGAGAAUAUGUGUUGUAUUCAUCAAGCAUUUUGAUGUAACAGGUGAACUGCUGUCUUAAGUGAUUUAAAUACAUGUCUAAGUGGCAAAGGGGCAUCAACUGUGGUAAUAAACAGAAUAAAGAACAGGAGAUCCUAUGCUUUGAAAAUGCAUCUUUUGCUAUUUGGAUUGUCCAAAUCCUUGAGUAUUAAAUUAUAUUCUCAGUCCCAUUGUAAAGGUAAAUGUUGAUGGCCUCAGAGCAUCCAAACAGCUAUAUUGAUUAUAUUGUAUUUGUUUCAGUGAGAUAAUGGGUUUUCCAUUUUGUUUCAUGAGGUAAUUGUGGAGAACUUUCCAAGGAACAAAAUAUAAUAAAGUAUCCAUUAUACCAUUGCCAA